AAACAUUUUGAGGAAUCUAAGGGGCUUUUUUCUCCUUCCCUUGAAAAAGUACACACUGUUCAGCUUCAGAUUCUAGAAACAUCACAGCUCGCAAGCUCCAUUAGAUGCCAGAGCUCUGUUGAGUCACGUGGAAGAUUUUCCUGUCUUUCCAUUCUGUCCAGUGUUGAGGGUGAAGCUCCCAGCAGUGAAGCUGGCACAUCUCUGGAUAGCCCAUCUGCCUACCAUCAAGGACCUGUAACACACAGCUUGGCCAUAAGCCCAGACCACUACGAGCACUCUGCCUACGGGCUGUAUUCUGUCUCCCCUGGACAACAACGAUCUCGGAGGCCCAAACUUCAGCACUCAACAUCCAUACUGCGAAAACAAGCGGAGGAAGAAGCUAUUAAAAGGUCAAGAUCACUUUCCGAGAGCUAUGAACUCUCUUCAGACCUACAAGAUAAGCAGGUGGAGAUGCUAGAACGGAAGUACGGGGGCCGUCUCAUAACCAGACAUGCUGCUCGCACCAUACAGACAGCUUUCCGCCAGUAUCAGAUGAACAAAAACUUUGAACGUCUUAGAAGUUCUAUGUCUGAAAAUCGUAUGUCCAGACGCAUUGUACUGUCCAAUAUGAGAAUGCAGUUUUCCUUUGAAGGACCUGAGAAAGUCCACAGCUCUUACUUUGAAGGAAAACAGGUUUCUGUUACAAAUGACGGGUCAAAGCUGGGAUCCAUGGUACCAUCUGAAUGUGGUGACCUUGGAGAGUCAGCUACAAUGAAGUCUCCAGCAGCUUCUACUGAUUUUGCCGAUGCCAUAACGGAACUGGAGGACGCCUUUUCCAGGCAAGUGAAGUCCCUUGCAGAGUCCAUUGACGAUGCGCUGAACUGCCGUAGUCUGCACUCCGAUGAAGUCCAGACUCCGGAUCAAGUCAGAAGUCGUGAAAUGGAAAGGGAUAGUUGUGCUCAAACCAAACCAGCAAUUCACAACGUGGAUCACAGGAAGCUGGAUGAGAUGACAGCGUCGUACAGUGAUGUUACAUUAUAUAUUGAUGAGGAAGAGUUAUCUCCUCCGCUCCCACUCUCCCAGUCCGUAGACAGACCGUCCAGCACAGAGUCUGAUUUGAGGCUCCGGACUGUGAACUCUUCUCAAGAGUACUGGUCCAUGACCCACAAAGAUGAUAAGAUAGACACUGACACGAGCUGCAGGAGUACCCCGUCACUGGAAUGUCAGGACCAGAGGAUGAGGAUGGAUCAUCUACCGUUGCUAACUAUAGAGCCACCCAGUGACAGUUCAGUGGACUUGAGCGACCGCUCGGAGAGGGGCUCAUUAAAGAGACAAAAUGCAUAUGACCGAGGGGUCACUAGUCAGCAAGGGAGCCCAAAACACAUCCCUCACAGUAUUCCUGCCAAGAUGAUAUCCCGAGAGGAGCAGGAGGCAAGGCAUAGGGCCAGGCCCAUAGAGAGUCAUUUAGCUAUCAAUGGCACAGCAAACAGGCAAAGCAAGUCAGAGUCUGAUUAUUCCGAUGGAGACAACGACAGCAUCAACAGCACUUCCAACUCUAAUGACACAAUAAACUGCAGCUCAGAGUCCUCUUCCAGAGAUAGCCUGAGGGAGCAAACCUUGAGCAAACAAACGUACCACAAAGAAACUCGCAACAGCUGGGACUCCCCUGCCUUCAGCAACGACGUGAUCAGGAAGCGCCAUUACAGGAUCGGACUGAACCUUUUUAACAA